AUGGCUUCCAUUCAACAACAGACGCCCAAUAAUAUGGGUGCUGCCAGUGCGAACUUCCCAGGCAAUGUGGCUCUGCCAGCUGAUCUCACACCUGCUCGUUUGCAAGAAGUCUACCAGAAAUUCCGUGAAAUGCAACGGUCUGGUGUGCGCCAUGACGACCCUGAGUAUAUCAAGGCGCAUAACAUCCUGUCGGCUGUGCAGAAACAACAGGCCUACGCUAAGCAGAGGUAUCAGCAGCAACAGCUACAACAACAACAACAACAACAACAAGCUAAUGGGAACAAUGCGGACGUUGCUAAUGGUGUGAAUGGUCGAUCUGCCUCUGUAUCCUCAUCGAAUGGAGCCCAAGUCCCAAAUGCAGUGGGCGAAAGCCAACAACAACCUGGCCAGGCCGCGCAGGCUGGCCCGGCGAAGAAACUGGCAACACCAGCGGGAAGCUUUUCGCUUGAACAGUUGACCAUUCUACGAAACCAGAUCCACGCUUUCAAGCUACUUACGAAGAAUUUGCCAGUACCCAUAUCUCUUCAGAGACAGCUCUUCGGUGCAAAUAAACGGCAAACAGUGUCCCCUGUCACCAACGUCUCGACCGCUGAAGCCGUGAUUGAAGCUGCUACCGAAUCUCAGGGAGAAAAGUCGACUGAACCUCCCGAGAAGGAAGCUGAGACUUUCAAUUUCUACGAGAAGAUGCAGUCGCCUUAUGAGUUGUUUCCCAAAACUAUCAGCUAUGCCGACCAUGCGAACAGAGCGAAUCGCGUUCGCAUCCCGAGUAUUUUCCCUACUGGAAUUGAUUUGGAGAGAGUGCGUGAGGAUAGAGAGUUGCUCAUUUACAACAAGAUUAAUGCUCGAAAAGCAGAGCUUGCGAAACUUCCUGCAAAUCUUGGCGUCUGGGAUGUGAAAAGCGGUGAUACUGCCGCACCUGAUGACUCUUUGAAACUUAAAGCAUUGAUUGAGUAUAAAAUGCUUCACCUUCUGCCGAAGCAGCGCAAAUUCCGUCAACAAAUUCAGCAGGAAAUGUUCCAUUACGACAACCUGGGAAUGACGGGAAAUCGUUCUAUACACCGUCGCAUGAAGAAACAGACGUUACGGGAAGCCAAAAUCACCGAGAAACUUGAGAAGCAACAGCGUGACGCUCGUGAAAAUCGUGACAAGAGGAAGCAAGGCGAGAAGAUACAAGCAAUCUUAACACGCGGUCAAGAAGUUUUGCAGAAUGGUGCCCAACAGCGCGCUCGCCUGCAGAAAUUAGGUCGGGUCAUGCUUCAACAACACCAGUAUAUGGAGCGUGAAGAGCAGAAACGUGUUGAACGUACUGCUAAGCAACGUCUGCAAGCCCUUAAAGCUAACGAUGAGGAGACUUAUCUCAAACUUCUAGGUCAAGCCAAGGAUUCACGUAUUUCUCAUUUGCUCAAGCAGACCGAUGGUUUCUUGAAACAGCUUGCUUCAUCUGUCAAAGAGCAGCAACGCAGCCAAGCAGAACGGUAUGGAGGCGACCAGCAAUUUGAAGAAGAGGAAGAAUCUGAAGAGGAGUACGAUACCGACGAAGAAGGCGGAGGUCGCAAGAUCGAUUACUACGCUGUGGCUCAUCGGAUCAAAGAAGAGGUUACUGUGCAACCAAGCAUCUUGGUUGGCGGAACGCUUAAAGAGUAUCAGUUGAAAGGUCUCCAAUGGAUGAUUUCACUCUACAACAACAACCUCAACGGUAUUCUUGCCGACGAGAUGGGUCUCGGUAAGACCAUUCAGACGAUCAGUUUGAUCACGUAUUUGAUCGAAGUCAAGAAGAACAGUGGACCUUUCCUGGUCAUUGUUCCUUUGAGUACACUCACAAACUGGCAUCUUGAGUUUGACAAAUGGGCACCAUCAGUCACAAAAGUCGUUUAUAAGGGACCCCCAGCCGUUCGUAAGCAGCAACAACAGACUAUUCGCUAUGGUCAAUUCCAGGUUCUACUUACCACAUAUGAGUAUAUCAUCAAAGACCGCCCACUGCUGAGCAAAAUCAAGUGGCAGCACAUGAUUGUCGAUGAAGGUCAUCGUAUGAAGAACGCUCAGUCAAAGCUAAGCAGCACUUUGACCCAAUACUACAACACCCGCUAUCGCCUAAUCUUGACAGGAACCCCUCUUCAAAACAAUCUGCCCGAAUUGUGGGCUUUGCUGAACUUCGUCUUGCCAAGCAUUUUCAAGUCUGUGAAGUCUUUUGAUGAAUGGUUUAACACACCUUUCGCCAAUACAGGUAAUCAAGACCGGAUAGACUUGACCGAAGAAGAGCAGCUGCUCGUCAUUCGUCGUCUUCAUAAGGUCCUCCGUCCUUUCUUGCUCAGACGUUUGAAGAAGGAUGUCGAGAAGGACUUACCCGACAAGCAGGAGCGCGUUAUCAAAUGUCGUUCAUCUGCUUUGCAGGCCAAGCUCUACAAACAACUCCUUACCCACAACAAGAUGGUCGUCAGCGAUGGCAAGGGAGGAAAGAUUGGCAUGCGCGGUCUAAGCAAUAUGCUCAUGCAAAUGCGAAAGCUUUGCAACCAUCCCUUUGUCUUCGAACCGGUUGAGGAUCAAAUGAACCCAGGUCGGGGAACUAAUGACCUUAUCUGGCGUACGGCAGGAAAGUUCGAACUUCUUGAUCGUGUCUUGCCAAAAUUCAAAGCUACUGGGCAUCGUGUGUUGCUGUUCUUCCAGAUGACUCAGAUUAUGAACAUCAUGGAGGACUUUUUGCGAUUCCGUGGUCUCAAAUAUCUCCGCCUGGACGGUUCCACGAAGUCCGAUGAUCGUUCUGAGCUACUGAAACUGUUCAAUGCUCCCAACUCUGAUUAUUUCUGCUUCUUGCUCUCCACUCGUGCUGGUGGUCUGGGUUUGAACUUGCAGACUGCUGAUACGGUCAUCAUUUACGAUUCUGAUUGGAAUCCUCAUCAGGAUUUGCAAGCUCAAGAUCGUGCCCAUCGUAUCGGUCAAAAGAACGAAGUGCGAAUUCUCCGUUUGAUCACGUCUAACUCGGUUGAAGAGAAGAUUCUCGGACGUGCUCAGUUCAAAUUGGACAUGGAUGGUAAAGUCAUUCAAGCCGGUAAAUUCGAUAACAAAUCUACAAAUGAAGAACGAGAAGCUCUCCUUCGUACUUUACUUGAGAGUGCGGAAGCUGGUGACCAGCUCAAUGACCAGGACGAGAUGGAUGAUGACGAUUUGAAUGAGAUCAUGGCACGGUCUGACGAGGAACUGAUCAUUUUCCAAAAGAUUGACCAAGAGCGUGCUAGGACUGACCAGUAUGGUCCAGGUCAUCGGUAUCCACGGCUUAUGGGUGAAGACGAGUUGCCAGAUAUCUAUCUUGCAGAAGAUAUCCCUAGUGCCAAGGCUGAAGUUGAGGAAGUCACUGGUCGUGGAGCGCGUGAACGUAAGGUCACGCGCUACGAUGACGGGCUUACAGAGGAUCAAUGGCUUAUGGCUCUUGAUGCCGACGAUGAUACUAUUGAAGAUGCCAUUGCCCGUAAAGACGCAAGGGUUGAGCGAAGACGUUCCAACAAGGAGAAACGUGCACGCAAAGCAAGUGGUAUGGAGUCAUCGCCUGAACCAUCUCGCGAGAGCUCUGAGACGCCUCAAGUCAAGAGACGGCGCAAAGGACUACAGGGCAAACGCAAAGCAGACGAUUCCAUUGAAGACACGCCAGCUAUCAAGCGCAAGAGGGGAAAACCUCCCAAAGUCGUUGAUACUCUUAGCAGCGAUGACCGGGCUGCUUUGCAGAAUAUUUUAGACAGUGUCUAUCAGACAUUGACUGAUCUUGAGCAAGAGAUUCCCCCUGAUGACAAAGACGCCGACGAGGAGCCUAUGACGAGAUCUAUCAUAGAGCCUUUCAUGAAGCCACCUCCAAAGAUGCACUAUCCUGACUACUACAUGAUCAUCAAAAACCCCAUUGCCAUGGAAAUGAUAAGGAAGAAGAUCAAUCGGGAAGAAUACCAGAGUCUGAAGGAAUUCAGAGCAGAUAUUCACCUCCUAUGUCAGAAUGCUAGGACAUAUAACGAGGACACCAGUAUUUUGUUCGCAGAUGCCAAUCUGAUCGAGAGCACAUGUGUAGCGGAACUGAAGAAAUUAACGACCGAAUACCCUCAAUUCGCCGACUUUGAUGACAGAGACGAAGGCACAUCUUCCGCCGCAGAUGGUGUUUCUACAACGGACGCUCUUGGCGCUGAUACUCCGUCUGCGCAGCCAAAACUCAAACUCACAUUCAACAGUAAUCGAAAUAGUGCAGGACCAGCCAAUGGCGAUGGUGCCAGUGAUGACGACGAGUGAUUAGAACACACCAACAAAUCUUGUCCCGAGCCCUAGCAUUUGACAUGAAAGACAUUGCUUUUGAUGAAACAAAGACAAUAAAUGAGUUUCUGCUUUCUUGACUGCUAUUUUGUGCCAUAAAUACAUUCCGUUUCUUCCUGUUUCUGUUUUCCAGAUCAUAAUUUGAUUGUGGUCCUCGGAUACGGCGUUUGAUGUUUGUAUGCGCGCUUCCUGGUAUACUGGUGGAAUUCCCUUUUUUUUUUCUCUUUUCCAUUUCAACGAUGGCAUGUUUCAGUUUUUCAAAUCUUUUUUUUACUCUUUCUUCUUAACUUUCUUGUGUUUUUAUAUGGAAUACGUUGGGCAGUGAGUUUAGAAAGAGUUGUAAUCGAUAUACAUCUUCGGUUACUAUUUGAUCUCCUUUGGCUGGCUUUUUCUCUCCUCGUUUUUACCGACUGUUUUGAGAGAAGUUUUUUUUUCCCCUUGAUGCAGAGUUUGCGAACCAGAUGAAUGUAUUAUUGGACCCAAAAUUGAUAUAAUUUCUA